CGCGCCCGGCGGCGGCCGAAAUGAAAGUAAGCGAAGAGCAUCGAAACUUCCCGUUUCACACAAAGUCAAAUGUGUUUGUUGUUCCGCAUCUACGGCCUGUUGUGACAGGUAAGCAGACCGGCGGAACCGAGUCAGAAUCGGUGGCUGACUGACGGACUUUUGCAUGACGAAGAAGAAACGAUACAGACUUGAUGUGUUUCUCUUCAACUAAAAUGAAAGUGGAGCUCGGAUUUGUUUCCAAAUGAGCUGCUAUAAACGAGGCUCCUCGCUCCUACCGGCGUCACAACGCCCACUGCUCAGCUGAGGAAGAACCAGACAUAAGAUGGCUGACAAAAUCAUCGUUUUCUUUGACCUGGAGGCCACUGGAUUAGAUACUUCACGGUGUGACAUCAUCCAACUGGCCGCUGUCUGUGAGGAGAGGGUCUUCAAUAAAUACACUGUCCCUCAGCAAAACCUGACCGAGAGCGCUACAGAGGUCACAGGCUUCAGAGUGCAGUCGGGUCGCCUGUUUCGCCGCGAUUCUCCCGUGGAAACCGUCCCAAUCCAUGACCUUCUGACCUCCUUCAUCGACUUCCUGCGCUCCUUCCGACGCCCCGUAGUGCUGGCGGCCCACAGUGUGAUGCGUUUCGAUGCGCCUGUGCUCACCAGAGUGAUGAAGAAAUAUGACCUGUUCCUUCAGUUCCAGCAGGUGGUGUCGGGCUUCCUGGACACCUUCUUGCUUAGCAAGAGACUCUUCCCGGGCAUUAGUGGCUAUUCACAGGUGUCUUUGGUCAGGAACUUUCUGGGAAAGUCCUACGAUGCUCAUAAUGCAGAGGAGGACGCCAAGAUGCUGCAGGAGCUCUAUAACGUGUGGAGACCUGACCAGUCUAGGGUCAUGGCAAAUACUUUUAAAGUAAAUGAAAAGUACUCUUACUAAAGGAAAAAGUCUAAUAACAUCCCCUGAAAACGAACCGAUAUAUCAACAGAAACAAAACAGUUCUGAGUGAGGAUAAAUGUGGUUUCUUUUUUUGUCAUCAUGCACCUCUAAAUCAAUGGAAAUAUUAAUAAACAAUGAAGUAAGACAACUGGAAAGCCUUUUAUCCUAUGUAGUCCUGUAGCUGUGUGCUCUGUUGUUUCUGUGAGAAGUACGGCUCAGUUUAUUUGUACGAACCAUUAAAACUUCAUUUUCUGUACAUUCCUAAAACCUCUUAUCGUAGACCUACCAAAUCAUAGAAGUCAUAGAGAUUUUAUGUAUGUACUGAAAAUGGGUCUCCAGCUUGACUUGUAAAAGAAAAUACAAAUAUUCUGUCGAGUGUUUCA